CUCAGUGUCUUCCCUGGCCACCUAGGGGAAGAGCUCCAAUGCCAGGUCCUUCGCGGGCGGGGCCCUCGACAGGGAAAUCUUUGCCAAAGAGGAGUGAUCCUGGGUUCCACGCUGGCGGCCAGUGCCUGGGCGCGCAGCCGUAGACUCGGCGCUGCCCACCCCGCGCAUCCCGGGCGGGGCGCGGCCGCAGAUAGUCCGCCUCCCUUCCACCGUCUCGGCGCCAGCCCGCAGCGGCCAUGGGGGCGCGGCUGGGGCGGCGGGCAAGGGCAGCGGCCGGCUCUGAUGCCCCUGCAGCGGCGGGCGCUGGGCCCGCGCCCUACGAGCGCAGGGUGCGCUGGCUGCGAGAGAUCCAGUCCACGCUCCGCGAGCGGCGGCCGGAGCGUGCUCGGCAGCUUCUGCGCCUCCUGCGCCAGGACCUGGGCCUUGAAGGGAACCUCCUCAGUGACAUCCUCUACAGGAAUGUGGCUUUGCUUAACUUGGUGGACCCCAUCUCCCAUGACUUGCUGGUGAACCUGGCCCGGGACCUGCAGUGCCCCAAGAAGGACCAUGAGCCCUGGAAGUCUUCUGAUAAGAUCUGUAGGCAGCUCAUCUACCACCUCACCCCUCACUCCAAGCGAAAGCCCCACCGGAAAACCCAGAACAGCCUCAAGAGCAGCCUCCAGAAGACUCUGCUGGUAGGGGAGACUGUGGACCUUUCUGGCAUCCCGCUAUCUGCUCGAGAUGUGCAACACAUAACACGCUACCUGGGCAGCCAUGGUGUUGAGCUGGUGGUCCUAGACCUGAGCUUCACGGAGCUGAGCGAUGAGCUGCUGCACCUGCUGCUGCCCAGCCUUUGGGCUCUGCCCCGCCUCACCCAGCUGUUGCUUAAUGGCAACCGACUGACGAGAGCUGCUGCCCGUGAGCUCACGGAGGCUAUCAAGGACUCCGCCAAGUUCCCGGUGUUGGCCUGGGUAGAUCUGGGUAACAAUGUGGAUGUGGCCUCACUUCCCCAGCCCCUGCUGGUAGGCCUUCGACGGCGACUGAGUCAGCACACUACCCUCCCCACCAUUUAUGAGGGUCUGGACCUUGAGCCUGGGGGUGGCAUGGCUGAGACCACUGCUGUUGUCUCCACCUGGGGCUCUGCAGCCCCUGAGCCAGGACCAGAGCCUCAGGGCUGUUGUGCUAGGUGACUAACUACUGGUCUGGUUCAUUGCUACUGACUGGGGUGUCUUAAGAACGAGGCAUUGGGGGCCCACAAUGUCCCACUGAGAGUCAGCACAAAUGUUCAACUUGGGGUGAAAUGGGUGGAAGAAGGGUUUUGUGGAAGACAGGCCAGCCAGCCCAGGCUAGGGGCCCCAUCUCACCCAGCAAAGAGGGGCACCAGUAUUCACAGCCUAGACCUUCCAGGAAAGGAUGGUGGCCUUUGCCUCAAGCUUCAUGUACUCCGGACUUCAGACUCAUUGAGCUCAGGCUUGCUACAGAGGUAGGAAAACCCCAUCUGCCGAGAGUGGGUAGAUGGAUCAGAGCCAGUUAUAGCCAUGCUGAUGUCCCCUUAGUGUUCGUUGGGUUCAGGGGAGUAGGUUGGGAGUCACAGACAGACAGAGUUCUGCAUGGAGCCCUGUAGCAAGUGCAAUGAGGGCCCUUCAGUGUGCAUUGGGCUGGGAACAGGGCUUCACACACUAAAGGCAAAGCCACAAUGGAGCUGAG